CGCGGCCGGAAGUGCGCCUCAGGCUGAGGCGGAGCGCAGUGGCGGCAGCGGGGCGGGGGGGGUCGGCGGCGCCAUGGAGGCCACCGGCAAGGCCGGCUUCGUCCUCGGCAACCUGGCCGAGGUGGUGGAGCGCGUCCUCGGCUUCCUGCCCACCAAGGCGCUGCUACGCGCCGCCUGCGUGUGCCGGCUGUGGAGGGAGUGCGCCCGGCGGAUCCUGCGGGCGCGGCAGCGCGUCGCCUGGGUGUCGGCGCUGGAGGCGGGGCCGGCCGACAGCCACGCGCUGGUGCGCGCGCUGGCCCGCGAGCUGGAGAAGGUGCAGGUGCUGCCGCAGACCGUGCUCUACAUCGCGGACGCGGAGACGUUCAGCGGGCACGAGGAGUGUCACGAGCAAAAGAAAGCCAGAAAAAGAAACAGUAAAGAAACAGCAAUUGCGCUCGAAAAAUUGUUGCCGAAGCGAUGUCAGGUUCUCGGACUGGUCACCCCAGGGGUUGUAGUUACCCCUAUGGGUUCAAGCAGCAAUCAGCCUCAAGAAAUUGAAGAGGGCGAAGCCGGGUUUGCUCUGUUGUUUCCCAAAAUUGAUGGCGUGAAGAUUCAUACUUUCCAUUUUUCAAAAGACUCAAAGAACAGGGUCUUUGAUGAAAGUAAAUUUGCUGAAGCAGGUCUGAAGAAUAACCCAGAUCUCCGGGUGGUUCUUCUGUUUGGCUACAAUUCCUGGAAGUCUGGAGCAACUCGAUUCCUUCAUCAAAUAGUCAAUCCUUUGAAUGAGAAAAGUAUCAUCCUGGCUGGGGGGCAAGUGGAGAGCUUUACAUCACUGACCUCUGAGAAUAACAAUGCCCAGCCUGGCGAUGCCUGUGGCGUGGUUGGGCUGGCGUUCAGCGGCCCCCAGAUCCAGAGUGCCACCAUUCUGUUAGACCAGGACGUAGCUGAUGAGAGGACAGCGGAAGCCGCCAUGCAGCGUCUCAAAGCAGCAAACAUCCCCGAGCAUAACACCAUUGGCUUCAUGUUUGCCUGUGUUGGCAGAGGAUAUCGGCAUUAUAAAACCAAAAGGAAUAUGGAAGCAGAUGCAUUUAGGAAGUUUUUUCCAAACGUUCCCCUCUUUGGCUUUUUUGGACAUGGGGAAAUAGGAUGUGAUCGAAUAGUUACUGGGAAUUUCGUAUUAAGAGAAUGUAACGACAUAAAGGAUGACCUGCUUCACGGCUAUACUACCGUUAUGACUCUUAUUCAUCUUGGUUCAACAAAAGCAAACCAAGCGUAGAUGUGUUUUUAAUGCUUCAGUGAGCUGUUUGUUUCAUUCCAGAAAGCUGAGAAGUCUGGAAGAGUGGACAUCUUGCAAUCAAAGCCCCUUCCAAAACGUAAACAUCAUUUUCGUAAUACUAUCAAAUCUUGUAGUUGGAAUAGAGUUUAAUAUAAUAGCUGCGAGAAGGCUUUGCAUUUUGUGUAAUCGCCUGUACACAUCAGAAUUGCAGGUAAAUGAUAUUUGAUGGAAUUCUGCAAUUGAAGAAAGCCUCUUUCUUCCAAAAUGAGAAUGGUUUGCACAAAUGGCAGUUGGAGACCAAAUACCAGCAUGCAGAAAGAAACAGUACUUUGAUGUGCUCUAUUUGUGUAUGUAAAACAGUCUAGAAAAACUACUGAUGCAUACGGAAAUACUGAUGCAUAAAAUCCACCAUUUCCUGGAUUUUAUUUCGAGAGAUGCACAGCCUGCCCAGGCUUGAGUCCUAUUUACAGAACUGAAUGGUUUUACUAGAUAAAAUGAAUGAAAAUCUUUAGAGAAAAAUAACAAAGUGCUUAUUAAAUAAAGAUUAAAAUAUGUAAAAAUCC